AUGCGUUCCCAGAAACAAGUACGCCGUGUUGGAAAAGUACGCUCAUUGAAAAAUGCUGCUGCCGGAAAAUGGAAAAUAUAUCGAAAAUGUCUGGAAGCCAGAAAAGCAUGGCAAAACAAUGCAAUUCUCACAGGACAUCACCAUUCCAGCAAUACACUUGUUCCACCAAAACCAACACGCCGAAGAAUGAAGGAACCAAAGCAGCGAUCUGCGGAAGAACUGGCAGAAAGGCAACGUUUGCGAAAGCAAAGGCAUCUGGAAAAGAAAUUAGCAAAACAGAGAGCGUCAACUUCGACACUUCCAGAGACCAGAAAAAAAAAGAAGCUGGAAGAAGGAUUUGGCAGUGGUUCACCGAAAAAAGCAUCAGCUGGGCACAAAACUACUACAAAAACGAUUAAAGCUAAAAAUUCGAUGAUGAAAGACACAAGGAAAGCAAAGCGUUUAAUGAAUGAACAAGUGCAGCGUGCAGUAAAUAUGGUAGAGCAAGAGAUAGCUGCAAUAAAAUUAAACAAACUGAAAGCGAUGAAAGUCCCGAAGUUACGAACUGAAUCAAUACCAAAGCGACAAUAUCUGAUGUCGACCCAAGAGCAGGAAAUAAACCAAUCGUCAUCAACAAAGCUAGGACAAAAAGAAUUGGUGCAGUCAAAAAAGACAGCAAACGGUGGUGAACAGAAUGACAUUCAUGGAAGUGCAGGAAGAGUUAAAGGAACAAGUAAGGAACAGAUGAGAAAAAAAAAUCGACGAUCAGAUCCUAACUUGUUAGAACAUGAUUUCGUCGGUAUUAGGAAACAAGAGGGAAAUGUUUCAGAAAAGGAAAAGAUUAAAGAAUUAAAUAAGUCUAUAGUGUAUCUCGCAAUGGAUCAGAAUUGUACCGAGGAGAGCAAAGAAUUUAAGGCUGAAAAGAUAAUGGAUCAUAUAAUGUUCUCCAGUGGUAAAAUCCCAAAACAUUCAGAAACGUUGUGGAAAACAAAAAUGGCCAUGAAGACAUCCUUUCCGAAGGAGCUAGAUAUAAACAUGGGAAAGUUGGCACAACAAUAUUCGGAGCCAUUGGGUGGUCCAAAUCUCAGCUUGAGUGGUAAUGGUAGCGAGAGUAUGACUGCAAUAUCUUGCGUAAAAGAGGCAAAAUAUGAUAUGGAUGCUGAGAAAAAAUCAGUACUGAUAUCACAAACGGAUGAAGUAAAUCGUGUCCCUCCAGUUCGUGAUCGCAUCUGCAAACUUUUACCCCGUGACAUUCAGUUUUGUGUGCACAUGAUUGAGAAGCAUGGAGAAGACUACGAGGCAAUGGAAAAAGAUCAAGGCAAUAUUUUCCGUGACUCAGCCAAGGGAAUAGCGCGAAAAAUACGAAUUUUCAAGGAAAGCCCACAAUAUGAAGCAUAUUUGAAAAAACAGAUUGAAUCUUUUGGUUCAGUUGCGUAG